AGAGCUAAUGCGAAGUCCUAAUAUUUAGGAUUCAAGAAAUUCCGAGAACAAUUUUCGGGACUAAUAAUUGAUGUGGAACUUUAUGUUUAAUCUUGAACUUCAAUAUGGAAAAUAAACAUUGGAUCAAUCUGGAAAGUUAGGAUUUAUUUGGUAAUUUAUCUUCCACAUUAAAUAUAAAUAGGAGUAUUGCGAAGUUGAGAAUAUAAGUUGAACUAUGACAAUUUAUGUUCCGAUAUAAACAUAAACAAGAGAAUGAAUUAGAACUUAAAGAUGGAUGAGAACUUUAGGAUGAAUCAGGAACUUUAGGAUUGAUGUGGAUAGAUGAGAAAAUUGAGUAUUAAAGUGAGAAUUAGAGUUAAAGAUAGAUGAGAAACUAGGAUAAAUUAGGAACUUUAGGAUAGAUGAGAAAAUUGACUAUUAAAGUGAAACUGAUGAAAUGUAUGUUCCAAAUAAAACAUGAACUGGUGACUCUGACCUUUAGGAUGAAUUUAGAACUUUGGGUUGAAUCAGGAAAUUUAGGACGGAUCGGAAAAUUCAAUAUUGAUCUGGAACUUGGAGACAAAAAGGAUGAAAACUAGGAUUAUGAAUAUAAUUGAAAUAUAUAAAUUGAUUAUGAAUAUAAUUGAAUAAAUCUAGGAUUAAAACUCAAGAAAUAGACAUUGUACACACAUACAAGAUUGUAGAUUUUUCAGUGUUAUUUAUAUAUAAUAAAGUCAAUUUUUUGCCUGUAUAUUAAACGUAUGUUCAAAAUUGACUGAUCUUUUGUGUUUGGGGUUAUAGACCAUGUUGGCCAUCCAAAACAUCUGGUGUUCAGCACGCUACUAAUCAUUAAAGCUUAGUAUACCGCUGAUAGCAGACGAAAAGCACAUUGCUGAAUUCAGUUCAAUACAGGUUAUUCAAAUUCCAUGAAAAGGACAAUCUUAGACAUUAAAGACCAUCAUAAAAUAAUAUAUGGAUUUCAAUCAAAUUUAGUUGUAUGGUAAUUACAGGGCUACUUCUGAAUCCUUGAAAAAUGAAAACAAUGAAAGAUUAGAGUCUUGUGCAGUUCGUACGAACCAAACAAAAAAUGCGGACACUUCAAAAAUAUCUCUUAGUAAUAUCCUGCUUGCCACUUUUAAUUUUUUACAUAUUUUUGGCAAGGGGCAACAAGGCCAUCGUCACCGAUAUUCAGAAGCUUGAAGUAGAAAAAGAGACACAUUCAAAAUAUUUACAGACGAAAGUGAUUCACGACGUUAAACAUAGUCAUAAAAACACACCAUGUCUUAUAGACGAAUGGACUAGAUACGACAAAACAGCCCGAUCAUUGAGUCGUAAUAUAUUUUGUGAUGAAUUUGCUGAACAAUCUGAUAUUUUAUGUCGGUGGUAUCUUGGUCAACAAAACAUAACAGAUCACAAAAAAUGUCUUCUACCUCAAGAUGGCUACAAGGUUCCUAAUAUCGUAUAUUAUAUUACGUUUGGGCAUUACGAUUUCCGGAUGGAAUUUUAUUUGUCUAUUCUCAGUGCUAAGAAGAUCCAAAAUCCUAUUGCUAUCUAUGUUAUAGGCAACUUGCCGCCAUUAGGAAAAUGGUGGGCAAAAUUGUUAGAGGAUGUGCCAGAUAUCAAGUUUAUUCACCGACCGAUGCCUUCCGAAAUAUCCGGGUCACAAGUCAGAUGGCCUGCGCAUGCUUCUGAUAUAGUUCGCCUGCAAACACUUAUAGCAAAUGGUGGAAUUUACAUGGAUACAGAUGAAAUCUUUAUCAGACCGUUUGAACCGUUAAGAAACUUCCCAAUUACAAUGGGUUUAGUUGACACCAAUACUGGUAUGGGCAAUGCUGUUAUUGUUGCACAACGUAAUUCAACAUUUUUAAGAGCCCUUCACGAAGAGUACAAAGUAUUUAAUGGAUCGGAAUAUUACGCGAACUCUUUACAAGCGGCACUUCGUUUGUGGAAGAAAAACAAAACCGCCUUACAUUUAGAGGGUGACAGAUUUUACCGACCCAGUUGGUACGAGGACGAUCUAUUAUAUGUUAAAACAGGGUUUAAUUGGAGAAAUAACUAUGCUAUCCAUGUUUGGAGCAAAAAGAAUAGUCACAGAGUUCCUGGAACAAUCGAAGAGAUUGAUAACUGGAAUACAACUUUAGGUGAAAUAUUUAGAUACGUUUAUUACGGCGAUUCGAACUUAAGAUCCGUUGUGGGUAAAGGAAGUCAAUUUAAAAAUAACUAAAUAUUAGUUAUCUGUUGAUUUUUGGAAAUGGUAAAAGAAACAUAGACAUACAGCAGCGAUCAUAUCAUUAGUGUAGGAGAACAACACCGCACAUAAACAAACAAACAAAAUGGCAGAAGACAAAUCCGCGCACAAGACAGAUCACAAACACAUAACACGGCCAUUAAAGAUGCAUUAUGUAAGAUUUGGAUAUAUAGCUUGUCGUUCCUGUUAUUCUGUUUGGAGUUUUGCCAUUAUGUGUCAUUGAUUGUUUAUUAUCAUAACAACGAAAAUUGUUAUUCGAGACUUAGUAUCGCUAUGCCAUUUUUAAAUUAAAUCAUUAGAUGGCCGAAUCUUUAUAAUCUUUAUGAAAUCAGAGUCAUCCGAUGACCUAGCGAAUUGAUUAUGGGCAUGUAAUGUUAAUACGUGUUAAAAUACUAGUUUAUAUAACAUUUGACGCCACAAUAAAGACCUGUGAAAGGUAGAUUUAGUUCUUACAUAAGGUAUCUUUAAGUAAUAAAUGAUAAAAGUACGAUUAAAUCAAGUGAAUAGAUCCAGGGACAACCCGUAAGCGUAAGCGUUCCGUUUCUGUAUAAUCCUAGUCCCGUAGGAAUAAUGUAAUUAUUGGUGGGUUUUUUUUUUGGAUUUAUGGGAUUUCUAAUUUCAAAUAAUGGACACAAAUUUUGAUUUAUGUGUUUAUUAUAAUAUUGUUCGGUAUGAACUCCUUGCACCAUUCAACAAUUACAAAUAACUAAACCCCCAAGGAAUUUGUUUCACACUUUAGUGAUCAAAGAAAGUCAAUUUACAGGUUUAAGUAAUAAUUCAAAAAAUGUGUCAGAAAACCAUACAAGUUCGCGUACUCGUUUUCUUGUUUCAAUUUGAAAUUAUUGUGAAUAAACUAUGCACUAUUAACCCUUAGCCAAUGAGAAUAUGAAUCAUAACAUUUCUUUUUAUUGUUAUGUAGACUUAUAAGGUUUCUAAAUGUCACCUACGCUAUGGUAAUUUUCAGAAAUGUCAAACGCAGAAAAAUUAAUGUAAUUAUUCCUGUGAGAAAUAGUUAUUUGUUGUUGCAUAUUGUUUAAUAAUAGAAGUGCCUAUGUAUAAAAUAACGCUAAACGGUGUAACAUCUUGUAUAUUGCUUUAAAAGAUAUCUUCCUACGAAAGUAUUUAUUUUCAAUAAAUAUUUGACAGCUUUGGUGUAUAUCAAACGAAUAGUAGAAACACUCAAUCUUGCUAAAAAAAAAAUAAAGGAUUCUCUAAAAAAAACACCCAUGGGGCGCCCACAAUACAAAAAUGGUGGACAUUAACUGUUCGGGUGACGUAAUGGGCGCUUCUUAUGUGUGAUAUAAUGGCUACCGGUUGGGAGAACACUGAAAGACUUAAAAGUCUAGUAGAAUUAAAGACUAAACACCGGAAAAAAGAAUAAUUUACUUAGGCUUCGAUAUUUGUGGUAAAUGGGCAUAGACUAACGACAAAUACAAGCUGGAAAUGGAUUCCCUCCUCAGCCAAGUCAUGUGACAAGCCGGUAUAACAUAGAGUCUUGCGUCAUGGGGUAGUUUAGAAAGGGAUUUGAAGCAAACUUUUGAUAGAAUCAGUACUUGUUGACAGGCCGGGCGUUUGCUUUAUUAACUCGUUUAUGGCGCAAUUGGUAUUAUCAAUGUCUUUGAUCUUGUCAUAGUCUGUAGUUUGGCCAUGGUCUGUAGUCUUGUCAUUAUCUAUGGACAUAUCAUUAUCUGUAAUAUUAUCAAUGUCUGUUAACUUAUCAAUUUUUUAUUUGUAACUUUGGGAAGUAUGGCGCACUGCGCAGCUACAGAAUAAACAACACAACAUAUGUGAGAUGCUUCAAUAUACAUACCUUUAGCACACAGAGUAACAUCUGGCGUGGCUGCUCGGGUGGCGUAAUUAGCUUCUUAUGUGUAAUCUGAUGAUGGCUAACGGUUUUGAGAACAUUUCGAAUAUCGACCAUUAUUUUCAACAAGUGACUAUUUGUAUAGUAACUUAAACCAUUGGUACUUUUAAAAGACUUUAUUCACUAUAAAUACCCAG